ACGAAAAUAAAUUGUGUGGCUAUUUCUUUUGGUGAUUCAUUCGCACCUGGUUAUUAGCGAAUUUUCUUGAGUUGGACAGAAGUAACCACAGAUUUUACCGUCAAGAUGACUGCCCAGAUGGAAAAACAUUUGUUUAAUUUAAAGUUUGCUGCUAAAGAUCUAGCUAGGCAAUCUAAAAAAUGUGAUAAAGAAGAAAAAGUGGAAAAAACAAAACUAAAAAAGGCAAUACAGAAAGGUAACAUGGAAGGUGCUAGGAUUCAUGCAGAAAACGCGAUUAGACAAAAGAACCAAUCAUUAAAUUUCUUGAGAAUGAGUGCUAGAAUUGAUGCCACGGCUUCUAGAGUACAAUCAGCAGUCACAAUGAAAAAAGUUACUUCAUCUAUGGCUGGUGUAGUUAAGUCUAUGGAUGCAGCAAUGAGGUCAAUGAACCUUGAAAAGAUUUCAUUGCUCAUGGAUAAGUUUGAAAAGCAGUUUGAGGACUUAGAUGUGCAAUCAAGUUACAUGGAAAACACAAUGAGUGCUACAACAACGUUGACAGUACCACAAGGCAGUGUGGACGGACUCAUGCAAGAAGUAGCAGACGAAGCAGGAUUGGAGUUGAAUAUGGAGCUUCCACAAGGUCAAACCUCAGCGAUUGGAACAGCCAGUGCAGCAUCACAAGAACAAGAUGAGCUUUCACAACGUCUAGCCAAGCUUCGGCAGAUGUAACUUAUUCUACAAGGGUGGUAGCAAUGAAAUUAAGUUAUCCCAUUUCUCACGAGGAAAUUUCUUGAUCUUGGUGAAUGACAAUCUCAGCUUUUUAUAUGAGAGUGAUAUUAUCUAGUCAUUAUGCUGGCUAACAAACAGUGUUUCUUGCAUGGGUCUCAUCUCUUUGGUGGUUCCUACCACCACCUCAAUGGGAUGGUAAUGUUGACUGGAGUAUGGAUAUACUUGCUCAUUAGCUUGGAGUAAAAUUAAAUUAUUAUUGGUAAACUUUGUAAAUCACUUCAAAUUAAGUGAGGUGUAUAGAUGGGAGAGGGUUUUUAGUCUUAGUCUUUAUUGAUAUAACUAUUACGGUAUGUCUUAUUUUGUAGAAAUAUAAAUAUUGUUGACACAUUGCCUGUUGACGCCAUGUUUUCCCGUUCAUUAUGGCUAUUCAUGGAAGCUUUCAGGAGACAUGUGUUAAUUUUGAAAUCUGCUAAUACAUAUUCAAACAACUGGAUUUUGCAGAGGCUGAGAAUAUCCAUUUCAGUAUUUGCCAAUAAACUAACUUUGUUUUUUAUAAAUUAUAUAUAGUAAUUUUAUAACGAUCACUAUGAUUCAUUAGCCCCCAGUUGAAUCUAUCAUUUGUGUGUAGAUUUAGUGUGGUCAGAUUGAAUAUGCAAAUAAGGCCAUAAUGAUGAAAUGUACACUUACUAUUUACAUCCAGUUUACCAGAUUUUUUUACCAUUUUUUUUUUUUAAAUAGUUCAACAUUUAUUGUAAUCUUGUUUUUGAAGUUUUAUUUCAUCAAGCCAGGGUCAUUGAAGAUGACUAGGAAUACUGGCUUAUGUCCCUAAUUUGUUUUAAAUGUGUGUGUGUAAUUAACAAAGCUACAUGUAUAAAUGUUUUCCCUUGCCCAUCACCAAGGGGAAAGUCCACACUAGAUACUGUAAAAUCAUUUAUUUUCACCUGGUUUUGAUUGCAAA